UUUGAGACACUGCAGUAAACCAUCGAUGGCUCGCGUGAUUCUGUUCUGUGUAUUAGCUGCUGAUAUUGUUACGACUCUCGCAACGGCUCGAUCAUUUCCGACUGUCGAUAGGACCACUGCAAUUCAGAUUGAUAGGCCAAUGGUUGCUGAUCCCCCUUCUUCUUCCUCUUCUUCUUAUGCUGUAACUUCUAGUGCUUCUUUCGAGUCGAGACCUGCGGAGGGGCCUGCAAGCUUUCAUCCACAUGUGAAGCACCGGCCGUUCGACCGAUCUCUCGCCGGAGGGAAGAUCAUACUUGGAGGGCUUGCGGCCGCCAUUUUUGCCGCUGUUUUCUGCUACAUUCGCAUCACUAGGCGGAAAAGCGGAGAGCCAAAGUCUUGAAACUGUUCAAUUUUUUUUUCUAUCUCUUUUGCUUCUUCUUUGGCCACCCUUGUAAGAUUACAUAUAUUG